CUCCGCUCAGGAUGCUUGAUUGUAGGUGAUGAUGGCGGAAGAGGAGCUGCGCUGAGUUUUCUCCCAGUUUUUUUUAAAAAUAGACCCCUAUCAGACGCUCGUCAGCAGAUCUCGUCUUUCUCCUCCGUCUCACUCAGAGGGACUAUGGGGAAUGAAGCGAGCCUCGAAGGAGAGGGCCAGCCGGGGCAACCGGGAGGCGCUGUCCCCGCUGCUGGAGCCCCGGCUUCCAUUUCAGCACCAGCGGGCGGCGGACAGCUCCUCAAGCCGAGCAACGGAGCGCCUGCCGGGGGAACAGGCGCCGGACACGGCCCGGCGAUGAACAGUAUCCAAGGCAAACCUAAUCAGACAGACCCGAGCAUGGGACCCAAACCUGGGGGUCCACUGGGCGCAGGACCCGGCCCCGGAGCGCCGACGCAGCCUCAGGGACCCGGUCAGGGUCAGGCUGCACGGAAGAACCUCCAGGUGGACGUGGGGAGCAACAAAGGUGGACACCCCGUCUCGCCCGGAAGCAGCGCUCCCACCUCGCCCUAUUCUUUGCCCCAGAUCGCACCCAUGCCCAGCAGCAAGCUCUGUCCGGUUUGCAAGACCGCAGAUCUGACGGGCACCACAGAUGGCCAGCCAAACUACAAUAAAUGCACGCAGUGCCGCUCCAUGGUGUGCAACCAAUGCGGAUUCAACCCCAACCCUCAUCUCACUGAGGUGCAGGAGUGGUUGUGUCUGAACUGUCAAAUGCAGAGGGCAUUGGGGAUGGAUAUGGAGACACCACGGUCGAAAAGCCAACAGCAGAUCCACUCACCAUCUCAGCCCAGCAAACCUCCUCCCCAGACUGUAUCCCAACCCACACCGCCCCCACAGAUCCAGCCCCAACCCACACUGCCCCCACAGAUCCAGCCCCAACCUCAACCCCAACCUCAGUCCCAGCCUCCCCCAGAAGCUAAGAAGCUGACCGUCCCGCAAGCUGCCCCUCAAAGCAAACCCCCAGCUCCAGGUGCUAUUCCUCUUCCAGGCAUGGCCAAAGCCCCAUCCCAGCCUGACCUAUCCCGCUCGGGCCCCGGAUUCCAGUCUCAAGCACCGCGACAAGACCAGACUCGCAGCGCCGGAAGUUCCCCAUCCCGUCAACCUCCUCCGCCAGAACAGCCCUUCGGAAAACUCUUCGGUUUCGGCGCUUCUCUCUUGAACCAGGCCAGCAGUUUGAUGUCUGUGGAUCCGGUGCAAAGUGCACCACCGGCCCAACCACCUUCCUCCCCCAAGCCCCCGCAGAAACAGCCGGGACUCCCUGGACCUGGUCCGGGUCCUGCAGCGGGUGCUAAACCCGCAGCCCAGCCAGGUCCACCCCGGCAGGAAGUUUCUUCAAAGCCCAAAGUGUUCUGUCCACUGUGUAAGACUGAGCUAAACAUUGGAGAUCCAGCCAAGAGCCCGAACUACAACCUCUGCACCGAGUGCCACACCCAAGUCUGCAACAUGUGCGGAUUCAAUCCCACACCUCACCUGACCGUGAAGAAAGAAUGGCUGUGUUUGACAUGCCAGACCCAGAGAGCAAUGUCAGGGAGCUUAGGGGAUAUUCCUCCUCCUGUGCCAUCAUCCGUUGGAUCUCCCCGACUACCAGGCCCAGCCAAUCAACAACAGCAGCGAGGGCCCAGUCAGCAAGCUGCGCUGAGACCUACCGGCCCUCAGCAGCAAAAGCCACCUGGUGCCCAAGUAAGUGGUCCUUUUUCUCCGGUAAAGCAAGGGGCGCCACAAUCCAAGGGCCCCUCUCAACAAUUUCCUACAACUAAGGCUGAGACAGAAAAACAAGAUCAAGGCAUUAACAAGAAACAAGCUAUGUUCAAAACAGAAAAAGAGGGGGACAUCAAAGCAACAUCUAAAAAGGGAACAUCGGAUAAAAAAGAUGAGAAGAAAAGUAGUGGCAAGCAGAAAUCUAAACACGAUGACGAUUCCAACAAGUCUAGCACACAGAGUCUGAGUGAUACAGGCUACUCCUCUGAUGGUAUAUCCAGCUCCCAGAGUGAGAUUACUGGCUUGAUCCAAGAGGACUCUAUGAAGCUCAGUGAGAGGGGGAUUUCUGACCAACGCAGCCCCCCAAGUCCAUCUGAACUAACAAAACUGGAAAGUUCAAUGCGACCUCUGUUGGAGUCACAUACAGCCAUUGACCAAGGACAGCAUUGUGAUGGAAGAGACACAGCAGAACAGCAGAGACCUCAAUCUCUGUCUAUAACACAAGAUCAGGAAUAUGAGUCUGAUGAGGAAGCAUCGGAUGAUCUCAGUUGUAAAUUACGACAUGAUUAUGUGGAAGACAGUAGUGAAAGUGGCCUUUCUCCAUUACCACCCCGACAGAAGAAGUCACAGAAAAACCUGACUGAUGAGGAGUUCAUGAGGAGACAGAUUCUGGAAAUGAGUGCAGAUGAGGAAGACACAGCAGAUGUUGAGGGCCACGUGAAGACAAAAAGGAGCCAUAAACACAGCGGAGAUCUAGGAAAAGAGAGACGUCGCCUGACGCAGCAAUCUAGCAGUUUUGAAGAAGAAACUAAAAGCACUGAUAGCUACAAAUCGGGUGAAGCGGAUGACAUGAUGGCCUCACAAGGUGGUCUGAGACGAUUUAAAACUAUUGAACUGAAUAAUACAAAUAGCUAUAAUCGUGACAUGGAACUCAGCACAGAUCAUGACCUCAGGGAGCCUGAGCUUGAGAUGGAAAGCCUUACUGGGUCACCUGAAGAAAGGUCCAGGGGAGAAUACUCAUCAACCCUCCCUGCAACCACACCGAGUUAUACCUCUGGAACUUCUCCAACCUCUGUGUCAUCAAUGGAAGAUGAUAGUGAUAGCAGUCCUAGCAGAAGACAAAGGCUUGAGGAAGCAAAGCAGCAAAGAAAAGCAAGGCAUCGAUCCCAUGGUCCACUAUUGCCCACCAUUGAGGACUCCUCAGAAGAAGACGAGUUGCGAGAAGAAGAGGAACUUCUGAGAGAGCAGGAAAAGAUGAGAGACUUAGAGCAGCAAAGGAUUCGCAGUACAGCCAGAAAAACUAAACGGGACAAAGAGGAACUGAGAGCGCAGAGACGCAGAGAGAGAUCGAAGACACCUCCUAGUAACCUUUCACCCAUUGAAGAUGCAUCACCAACAGAGGAACUCAGACAAGCUGCUGAAAUGGAAGAACUACAUAGAUCAUCCUGCUCAGAAUACUCUCCCUCCAUGGAUUCAGAAGCUGAAGGAUUUGAAAUGGGUUCAAAGCUGUACAAGUCUGGCAGUGAAUAUAAUUUACCUACAUUUAUGUCUUUGUACUCUCCAACAGAAAAAACUUCUGCUGUCUCUCCAUCUGCGGCAGAGAAAUCAUUAAAAAGUGCUGAAGAGGUUUAUGAGGAAAUGAUGCGAAAAGCAGAGAUGAUGCAAAAGCAGCAACGUGCACCAGGAAGACAAGGACAACAAAACCAGGAAAGAGUCCUUCAAACAGACAAGAAACAUCAUUUAGAUUCUGGAACAACUUCUUUGAGUCCAGGUACAAGUCCUACCCAGAUCUCAGCUCCAGUUUCAUUCUCUGGAAAUGAUCCUUCAGGAAGAGGGACACAAAGAGUACAUGCUACACAACAAAGUCAAGUUAGAAUAAGCAACCAAACCUCCAAAGGAAGCCAUGUUACUGGCUCCCAACAGUCUCAAGUUAGGCAGCCUGCUCCCACACAGCCUCAAGGAAGACCUGGUGUUCAGGGGAAAGUACAGGGUCAAGUGCCAGAUCCUGGAGCGUCCUCCUUGACAUCAAAGAUGUUCUCAUAUCUUAAAGGCUCAAGUCCUUCCACAUCCCCUUCCACUUCUCCCACACAAAGUCCAACACGUGCCCCUGCACCUUGUACAACUUCUACUGUGGCACCUACUCAGACUUCUCAGAUCCCUCAUAGAGCUGGGGCACCACGUCUUUCAAGACAGCAGUCCUCCCAAGAUUCCCCUGCUAUGGUAUCAGGAACUAGCAGUCAAAUCAAACCAGUGACAGUGAAUUCCUCCACCUCACCUUUAUCCUCACCAACAAAAGACAGCCAACAGACAAUUUAUCAGACUCAACAUGCAACAACAAAGUCACCCACAUCACCACAAAAAUAUCCAGCUCACCCAUCACCUCAACAUAGCUUGCAAAGGACACAGAUAUCGGAAAGAGUUAGCGUGGCUGUGAGCACUGCCACCUCUGCUGGUUCCCAAAGUAGUGGAUCUCUUCCAGUGGGAAACAUAUCCUUGUGUAGAAUCUCCACAGUACCUGGUACCUCAAGAGUUGUAGAGCAAGGCACAGUUGGUCCAUGUAGUAAUAUAGUGGAUCUUAGAGCACCAAUGAAGCCUGCGCCAAUUAUCAUGACAGACCAGGGUAUGGACUUAACAUCUCUAGCUUCUGAUACACGUCGAUAUUCACUUGAUACAGAAACACCACCAAGCCGUCAUACUGCUGUACAACCUCUUAUUAUGAAUCUAAAUGCACAGGCACAACCUCCGUUGUCAACAACUACACCAACAACUGUAAGUGUGACUGUGGCAGCAUCCAUGUUCAUAUCACAGCCAAAACAACCAGUCGUUUAUGGAGAUCCUUUACAAAAUAGAGUCGACUUUGGUCAAGGAGUUGGAUCUGCAGUCUGUCUGACCCAGACCAGGCCAAUUAUCACAGAUCCAUCCAUUCCAAAAAUUGAUGCUUGUCUGGAAAAUUUAGGCAUUCAACAGCAACAACUUCAGAAGCAGCAACAGAAGCUUCAGCAGCAACAAGAGCUCCUUGAGCAACAGCUCCAGCAGCAUCAACAAAAUGCAUCUUUUGCCCGGUACAACUUAGCUAAUCAAGUGCAGCCAAUAUUGUUGAAGAAGGACUUGGUCGUAAGCCAGAACACUUGUGGAGGGACCCAAACAGCAGUAAGCUCUAUUCCCAAGAUAUCUCCGCUACCUCCACCACUAUUAUCAUGCUCUGCGUCUACCACCCCUACACUUGGUCAUGACAUAUAUGGUGGGGUGGCUUUGGAACUAAAGAAUAAGCCUGCUGUAAUGAAUCUCUCCACAGGAAAGCCCCAGGUAAUGAUGGUGCAGUUGGAUGAGAAUAGCACUCAAGGAGGUACAGUGACCCAGCUUGUUAAAAGAGAGGAGCCGCCUCCACCAGUAGAAGUUCUAGAUCUCACUGGACAGAUUAAACCAGAGAAGCAGUUAGCUUGCUGUGACGUUGUCUACAAUUUGCCAUUUGCAGGUAGUUGCUCAGGUCCUUUUACUCAGAGAGGUAAAACAGCACCAUCAGAUCCUUCUGCAGAGCCAUCCCAAGCACCUGGAAAAGAUGGCUACCAAACAGUAAACAUACAAGCAUCUGCAGAUGAACGCAAAUCUUUUACCUUGUCUCCUCCCGGACGACUUCCACCAUCAAUGUCAGACAACAAUUUAGCAGGUUCAAGUCUCCAAUAUUAUCAAAGGACUGACCCUGGGGACCUAGCAGUGGAUUUAAGCACCAUGAAGCAGGCUUAUGAGGCAGGAUAUCUUGGAAUGGGUGCCCAAUAUGGAUCUUACACAGAUCUACGCCAUCAAGGAGGUGAUUCAGCUCCACCAUUACCUUUGCGAAGAUAUGGCUCAAUGUCCAAUAUAAAUGCGGAGUAUAGUCAUCUUUCACGUGAUCUUGGUGGUUUUCAAGAAUCCAAUCUUGCACAGUAUAGUGCCACUACAGCCAGAGAGAUUAGCAGAAUGUGUGCUGCUCUUAACUCCAUGGAGCAGUUUGGUAGCCGCUAUACCAGUAAUCCUGAGCUUCUGCAGUUUGGUGCUGGGAGAGCAGGCCCUGCAGGAAGACUUAAUCUUCAACAAGGCCUAGAAUCUAUUAGAGCCAAUCUCUUGUAUGGUCCUGAUGGCAGACCAACAGUACAUGGUCAGACACUUACAAAUUUAAUCAAUGCUAGACAGGCUAGCCUAAGGUCUUUGUAUCCCCCUGCUGUAAGGACAGCUGAUGGCAUGAUAUAUUCUACUAUCAACACCCCAAUAGCCUCCACCCUGCCAAUCACCACCCAGCCUGCCCCUGUUCCCAAUCCCAUGUUAAGAGCAGUAUACGGAUCUUACCCUUCAGCCAGUGUAACUGCUGUACCUCUGGCUAGCCUCACCAGGUUGCCUCAAGUCACCCCAAGAAUGCCUCUUAAUGCCCAAGGACCUUACAGAUAUCCUCCUCCAAAUAAAUUUUCAGUAACAGCUCCAGAUACUUCAUCAGGAAGUGUGCCACCUUCUAGUACAUCCCAGGAAGCUCCAGUUUACCUGGGAAAGCCUACAGCACCUGGCAGUAUGUCAACAACUUCAUCACCUAAAACUGGUCAACCUAUUUCAAAUUUGGGUCUGCAAGGUGUACAACCAGCUCAUACAAGUACUGUGCCAGUUCAAUCAGUUGGAAAUGAACAGGCUCCCUUGUCUCAUAUUUCAGUAGAUGGUACUACAACACAACUCCCAAUACAGCCCCAAACUCAACCACAGUCACUGGUCAAAAGUCAGGAACAAACUCAUACUCAAAGCCAGCCACAGACACAGCCUCAAAAAUUGACAGUGCCACAAAAACAGUCCCAGGCAAUUACUAGAGUUUUUCCAGAUGCAUCUGGCAGUACCACUAUAACCACAUCUGCUAAUAUUGAGAGGGAAAAAGAAGAGGAACGAUUGCGACUACAACAGGAGCAGCUCUUGCAGCUAGAGCGAGAACGUGUUGAGUUAGAGAAAUUGCGUCAGCUACGUUUACAAGAGGAGUUGGAGAGGGACCGCAUGGAACUUCAGAGGCACAGAGAGAAAGAACAUCUGCUCAUGCAGCGGGAGAUACAAGAGCUACAGACCAUCAAGCAGCAGGUUCUUCAGCAGCAACAAGCUGAAAGGGAAACCCAGCUUGUGAUGCAAAGGGAGCAGUUGGCACAUCAAAGGAUGCAGCUAGACCAUAUUCAGUCCCUACAACAGCAACUCCAGCAGCAGCUUGAAGACCAAAAGAGGCAGAAAACAGCAGCCAUUGAAGCAGCAGCAGCAGAGGCGGCAGCUGCUUCGGCGACGGCUGCAGCAGCAGCUACCACAGCUCAAGGGGCAAUUCAAGGUGUAAUGGUUGGUGCAACGACACCUCAAACCAUCUCAAUUAUCUAUGAUCAGAGUGGUAGAAUUAUUCCUCAAGAGGGCCAGAGUGUGCAGAUCUUGCCAUGUGCUGAUGGGCAGGUGGUCCAGGCUGUGGUGUCCACUAGGCCUUUGCACAGCUCUUCUUCAGAGAUGUCGCUUAAAAAUAGUGAAGAUCAGGGAGAUGGUCGGAUUAUGAAGAAACAAAACUCUAUGCCUCGUUUGAGGAAUGGGUCAGAGGAUGAGUCAUGCAAGAGAAUUGCAGAUUGCAGUGUCCAAACUGAUGAUGAAGACACAGAGGAUAAACUCAUGUCUCGUCGUCGUAGAACUAGACGUAUAGCUGACUGCAGCGUUCAGACAGAUGAAGAAGACCAGGGUGAGUGGGACAGUCAGCCAAUACGCCGCAGACGUUCAAGAUACUCCAAGCACUCUGAACCAACUGCAGAGACUAAGUGCGAUGCAUCUAAAUCUAGCAUUGCCAUUCAGACCACUAAUGACUCCUCAUGUCAGACUGAGUCAGACCAGUUGAGUAGAAUCUCUCCAGCCAUCCACAUUACCAUGGCUGAAACAUCAAAGGUUGAACUUCUUCACUACAUAUCUGCUCCAGAAAGAACCCAUAAGGGAGAGAGUUUAGCCUGUCAAACUGAUCCAGAGGCACAAUCCCAAGGAGUUGUUGCUCCUCAGCUUAGUGUUCCCACUACUGUUAGUCCCUAUUCCACUAGUCUGCAAUUAGUUGGUGCCACGCCAACCAAGUUUGAAAGGAGAAAGCCAGACCCAUUAGAUAUUGGAUACCAGCAAGCUCAGCAGCAAAAUGAAUCUCCUUCCCGUCAGCCUCCCAAAUCUCCACAAGUGCUGUACUCUCCAGUGUCUCCGUUGUCUCCCCAUCGUAUGUUGGAGACUACAUUUACUUCCAGUGAGAAGCUUAACAAGGCACAUGUGACUCCCCAACAAAAAGCCUUCAUUGCAGAGUCACCACAAAGGCAUCAGACUAUUCCAAGGCCCAUAAAGAGUGUUCAGCGGUCCAUGUCAGAUCCUAAGCCUCUCAGUCCAACAUCAGAGGACCCAGCCAAGACCAAAUUCUCCUUAUACCAAAGUCAAACCAGCCCAGCAAGCCAGAUGUCUGCCUUGCAGCAGCAGAACGCAAUGAUGAGAAAGGUGAAGAGAACUCUCCCAAGUCCCCCUCCAGAUGAGACACCUGUACCGAUUGUAACACCAGCAAUUCCCCAUAUAUACACUUCUCCCGGAGCAUCCCAGAGGGUUUUGCCACGUCCUGUACAAGGUGCAAUGAAGGCAGGCUUGCUGAGUGAACUGAAAGCCGUAGAGCAAGAAUCCACCAAAUUACGUAAACAACAGGUAGAGUUAGAGGAAGAGGAAAAGGAGAUUGAUGCUAAGUUGCGAUGCUUGGAACUGGGCAUCACUCAGCGCAAGGAAACCAGGGUUAAAGAUAGAGAGAGGCGAGAGUUUGCAUACCUGCGAUGCAUGGGGGAUGCACGUGACUACAUGUCAGACAGUGAGCUGAAUAAUUUGCGACUAGCUGGGGUAGCACCAGGCACCUAUGAAGAAAAUGGAAUGUUGUCACGCCCAAGUACAGCACCUCUUAACCAGUUUACUACUGAUUUGAAUGCAUCUCAGUACCCUCCUACCUCCUCAUAUGUUCCAUAUCAAUAUCCACAGGCCCAGCCCACACCCACACAACCACCCACUGCAGCCUAUCAGCAGAUUGGGUUUCAGACAACACCAUAUCCAACCUCCUCACAGCCCCAGCCUGGAACCUUCCAACCUCAUCCUCCUCAACCUUCAUCCUAUCAGACCCCAGGGCCAUACCAGACUCAUAGCUAUGGUCAGCCUACUUAUGAGACUGAUCUUGGUUCGCAGCAGUCCAGUCACCAGGGAUUCCAACCACCCCCUGCACCUUUACCAGGGCAGACCCUACCUUAUCCUGCACAGAGCAUGUCCUUCCAACCCCACACAGACAUGCUUUCUGCCUAUCAAAGGCCAAGGCAAACCUCUCUUGCUGAUCUUGAACAGAAGCUACCCACAAACUAUGAAGUUAUCAGUAAUCCUUCAUUUCCAAUCGCAACAUCAGCUCAAGAAACUGGAUUUAGUGGUGUCUAUUCCUCACCCCUGAACAAUGCUUAUGGUCAGUAUCGCCCCUCUGACCAACCUCUGACUGAACGUAUCCCAAGUCCAUCAUCAGGAUAUGUAACAGAUGGUGUCUAUGCCACAAAUCUAGAACAAAAUAUCCCCAGAAAUUAUGUCAUGAUUGAUGAUAUCAGUGAACUUACAAAAGAAAACAUGGGGUCCGCUGACAUGUCACGGGUAGGUUAUGGAAGUGAGAAUGGCCCACGUGGACCAACUUAUGGCAAUGGCUCUGAGAAUUUAUAUGGAAGAACUUCAAAUACUUAUCAAAGUGCAGUAGACAGCCAUGGACAUUCAAGUACCACUGUAAGUGGUGGUACGGGUUAUUAUUAUGAUGACUAUAAGCAUUCAUCCCGUAGCAGUGGAGGAAUGGGAAGCCAAAAACACUCAUCCAAAAAUUUGGCACCUGCUGUUUCGUCCAAACGUAGCAAACAUAGGAAGCAAGGCAUGGAACAAAAGAUAUCCAAAUUCUCUCCAAUUGAAGAAGCUCGAGAUGUAGAAUCUGAUCUAGCCUCCUACACCAUGACAACAUCAACAGGUGGUAGUUGCACUGUGGUGUCCAGGACUGGCGUGAAAAAGAGUUAUGAUCAACAGAAGUACUACGGAUCAAGAGAGGCUUUGGAAGAGGAUGAUCGUCUUUAUGGAUCCGGACGAUCAAGGUCUACAGGUUAUGGUAUGGAUAAAAUUUCCUCCAGAGAUUCAAGUGGUUACCGAAGUAAGUCUUAUGAGAGGGACGCCAUGGAAAGAUCACAGAGGGGCACACAUGGCCGUAGUGGCCGUCCUUCUAUGCGUACGCAGAACUCAGAGGAAGAGAGCCCUCUGAGUCCUGUUGGAAAGCCCAUGGGAAUUGGUCGUGGCUCUGUGCCAGAUCCCCAUGAUGUACGGAAUCAGUAUGGCUCCAGUCAUUCCUUACCAGAUGUACAGGACCACCAUUUAAGGGAUAUGCCUAAGAGUCAUGUAUAUAAGCCAGAUGACCCUUACCUUGCAGAUGAUAUGCACUGUGCUGUUUCAGACAGUGAAGCCUAUCAUUUGGGUCAGGAGGAAACAGACUGGUUUGAAAAACCACGUGAACCUCGGUCAGAUCGCUCUAGACACCAUGGGAGUGGAAGUCACUCAUCCUCUAGCAGGAGGAGCAAUGUAAAGCACACUUACCAUGAUUAUGAUGAGCCUCCUGAAGAAGACCUGUGGCCUCAAGAUGAGUACGGACAUCAACGACAUUCCUCUUCCACCUCAUCUCGGGAACACCGUCACCAUGGAAGUAGUUCAGGAAGACAGUCUUCUUCCCGUCAUUCAUCAGAUGAUCCCAGGUCAUCUCGUUCUUCACGAUCACAUCCAAAAGAUCCUUCCACCCGCUCAGACGGCCGUGUCACAUCAUCCUCCACACAGAAAAGAUCCUCCGAUCCACGAUCUGCAAGCCCCCGAGACUCAGGAGACUACUCCCGUGACCCAUCAAGCCACCACCAUGGCUCAAGUGGACAACGGGGGCAGAGGCAACCAGGCUCAUCAAGAAGGCAGGAGCCCUCUUCAGGUUCCAGGCCACCGCAGGGUCUUGGAGAGCAGCAGCCACAAUCGCAGCAAGGACAGCAGCGAUCUACAGCAGGCCAGCAAAUGUCUGCCAAGCAGACAGGGCCUCAGCUACCUGAAACAGGGCAGCAAGGACAACAACAACUGGGACAAACAACUCGUACACAGCAGCAGCCACCACAGCAACCCGGGCAACAGCCAGCAACCACAAUGGGAGCAACUCAGUCCACAACCACAGCUGCUAGCAUGGGAACAGGUACAACUCAGCAACAAUCUAAGCCAGGUCAGGCUCCAGCACAGGCAAGACAACAGCCAGGAGGACCACCCACUGCCCAGCCAGCUGCUGCUAUGGCAAAACCUGACACAGCUGUGCCUGCUCCUGCGCCUGCUCCUGCACCAACUCCUGCAGUUGCUAUUGGAUCAAAAGCUGCACCACAGGCUGCAAAAACACCCCCGAUUCCUGCCACAGGAAUUGGUUCAAAGGCAGCACCCCGGCCAGGGGGUGUAGGCAGUGCUGCACAGCAGCCUGCCGAAGGGGAAAAUGUUCUUACAAAGAUCCUGCAGGGAGGAGCAGUGGAGCAAGCUGGAAAAAUAGGAGAUGCUGUAUCUGCUCUCGGGAAGAAGUUUACUUCAUUUUGGUGAUCAGCUGAUAGGAAGUUGGGGUGACUUGGAGUUAGAACUGGAAAAACCUAUGAAACUGCUUCUGCAAUUUAACAUCUCUAGCUGAGGGCGGGGUACACCUGAGGAAACUGAUGUAUCAUCCAAACUUGAAGUUUCAAUGAAAACAUUAAGACAGAAUUCACAGGCAUGGUCUAUCCGAUGAUAUCUGCAUAACCAAACAAACAUGGAGGCUAAAUCUCUUCCAGAGUGUUUCCAUAGUUGCCGUUGAAGCAAUUACAAUUCCCAAAAUGCCAAACUGCCUGUUCCGAUUCAGGUUUUUCUAGACAGUUAUGUCUUCCCUUAUAUGACAUAAUCUGUGCUCAGGUGACCCCCCCUCUUCUAUAAACAGCAUGAAGAUGUCAGACAGCUGCAGUUCUUAGCUUUUUGCAGUCCUAAUGAAGACUUCUAUGCCCAGAUUCGAAGAGACCGUAGCAGAGAAAGAGAACGACUACCUUACAAAGGCUUCAUACAAACUCUGUUUAAAAAUGUAUGCUCGAUUUCUAAGAUCUUGACAUUCCAAUAUGGCGAUGAUUGACCCUCUCUAUUAAUGUUUUUGUUUCUUCCUUAACCUUUUUGUCACGUGUGUAAUGAAUGCAAAUGUGUAAACCGUGGACAUGGAAUGCUCGCACAAAAAAGAUAUAUGUAUACAUAUAUGAGAUAUAUAUAUGAAUAUAUAUGAAUCCAUAUCUAGACAACUUUCAGAGUCUCUAAGGGUGAAGCCAUGUGCACCUUGUGUAAAAAGCUGGUUAUUUAACGUAAAACUAUCAGUCAAGUGCAGAGGUCAGUAAUAUCAGAAUGUUAGCAUAGUCUUGUUUGUCUUUUAUCAACCAUUAAGCCAUUGCUACCCUAUUCCAGAUAUUUUAUUUUUAUUUAUUUAUUUGCUUUAGCUUAUUUUCAGUUUUGCCUAAUUUUCUUUUAAAUUAAGAGCCUUACUAAUAUUUUUUACUUGUAUACCUCACAUAUUU